GGUCGGACAGACAGCGCUGAACACGAUGCGCGGCCUGCUCCUGUUGACCACCGCCUCGCUGGCGCUCUCGCUGCCCGUGGGAGAUAUCGAGACCAUCUUCAAGGCCAAGCUUGAUACGAAAGAUAUCUGCUUCGAAACGGGACCGGUGAAGGGUGAUCCCUGCCACUUCUGCAAGUGCUUCACGCCAGACGAGUGCAUUCCGGUGUCUGCCGAAUGCGACUGGGACCGGCGCGAGAGUGAGCACCGCACCCGGGGCUGCAAACCCGUCUACACUGAUGGCGUGUGCUGCCCCAGCGUCGUGUGUCCGCUGAAUAGCGUCGAUCCAGCGGCAGUGCAGACCCCGGCAGUCGAGUCACAGCCGGCGGAGCAGGCCCCGGCAGCCGAGUCACAGCCGGUGGAGCAGGUCCCGGCAGUCGAGUCACAGCCGGCGGAGCAGGCCCCGGCAGCCGAGUCACAGCCGGUGGAGCAGGCCCCGGCAGCCGAGUCACAGCCGGCGGAGCAGGCCCCGGCAGCCGAGUCACAGCUGGUGGAGCAGGUCCCGGCAGUCGAGUCACAGCUGGCGGAGCAGGCCCCAGCAGUUGAGUCACAGCUGGUGGAGCAGGCCCCAGCAGCCGGGUCACAGUCAACGGAGCAGGCCCCGGAAGCCGAGUCGCAGCCGCCGGCGGAGAAGGCCCCAGAAGUCGAGUCACAGCCGGCUGAGCAGCCCCCGGCAGCCGAGUCACAGCCGUUGGAGCAGGCCCCGGCAGCCGAGUCACAGCCGGCUGAGCAGCCCCCGGCAGUCGAGUCACAGACGGCAGAGCAGGCCCCAGCAGCCGAAUCACAGCCGGAGGAGCAGGACCUGGUAGCCGAGCUACAGUCGCCGGCAGAGCAGGCCCAGGCAGCCGAGGGGUCACAGCUGGCGGAGCAGGCCCCGGCAGUCGAGCCACAGCAGGCGGAGCAGUCCCGGGUGGUCGAGCUCCAGCCGGUGGAGGAGGCCCCGGCAGUCGAGUCACAGCCGGCGGCGGAGCAAGCCCUGGUAGUCGAGCUGCAACCAGUGGAGCGGGCUCCAGCAGCCGAGUCACAGCCGGUGGAGCAGACCACGGCAGCCGAGCCACAGCCGACGACUGCCGGUAUCGACACCCUGGAGCCCACCGACUCGGUUAUCCCGGUGGCGGAGGAGCUCGAGGAAGUGAUCACAGAGCCCAGCCUGGUCCAGAAGGUCAUCUCGGACCCCACGAUCUCAGCCGAGAAGAAGGCUCAGAAGCUCACCGCUUCAGCAGAUGAGACCACCCGGGAGGUCACCAGCUCACCCGAGGAAGCAGCCCAGACUGCCGGCAGCCCAGUCCAGGGGACAGUUCAGGAUGUCAUUGCAGAUAUUCCCGGUCCAGUCCGGAGGGAGAUUUCGGAAAUUGCUGCUUCAGCUCAGGAGGUGAUCCAAGAGGUACUAUCUGAGCUCAAAUCGACCCAAAACACCGAGGACACACCGGCCACGAAAAUUCUCUCGAACAACGACGUGCAAACUCCGCAUAUGACCCCAGAAGUGAUCUCGGAAAUAAGCCAAGCUGAAGAGGAUGCAGCGGAUGCUGCAGUGGUCCAAGAGGUGGCGGCUGAGAUUGAAGCAUCAGCUCAAGACGUGAUUCAGGAGGUUAUUAUGGAGAUGGCUACUGCCCAAGAGCAGAUUCCGAACGGUAUCCCUUCUAAGGCGGCGUCGAAUGGCAUUUCAGUUCAGGAGAUGAUUUCGGAGACCGUUCCAGUCCUGGAGAUGAUUUCAGCGAAUGCUCUUGCUCCGGAGGUAAUAUUAGAGACUGCUCCCACUCAAGAGUUGGGCCUGGAGAACUCUUCUCUUAAGGAAUUGACACCAGAGAAUGCCCCUGCUCUGGAAUUGACUCCAGAGAGCGCUUCCAUUCCGAAAUUGACCCCUAAGGACACUUCUGAUCAGGAAGUAGCCUCAGAAAGCGCUCCGGCUCAUGAAGCAAUCUCUGAGACCAGCCCUGAAGAGGAAGAAAUCUCAGAAACCAUUCCUGCCCAGAAAGCGAUCUCAGAGACCACUUCUGAUCAAGAAGUAAUUUCAGAUGCUCGGGAAGAUAUCCCAGAGACCACCUCUAAUCAGGAUCUGAUCUCUGAGGUCGGCCAAAUGCUAGAUGCGAUCCUAGGAAAUGAGGUGUUGCCAUCCUCUGGCACGGUUCUACUGAACGAGGAGAUCAAGGCUGCCCCGGCGCCGGAGGCAGCCGGUGACGAGCUACCGCUCACCACGCAGGAGGCCGAGAGCCCCGCCUUCGAGCCGGAGGCGCCCGACUUUGACCUGCUGCCGGAGGAAGGAUCCGGCCUGUCGGAGGGCGCCGACCUGUUGGAGGGUUCCGGCCUGCUGGAGGCCGACAGUGAGCUCCCCUGA